AUGGAGGCCAGCGGGAAACGCAUCUGCAGACAAAAGCAAGUCAUUUUCUUUUUCCUAUUGGGCUUAUUUCAGGAGGGAGCGGGAGAGCCUAGGCGCUAUUCUGUAGUGGAGGAAACUGAGGGCAACUCCUUUGUAACCAAUCURGCAAAGGAUUUGAGUCUGGGACAAAGGGAAUUCUCCAGGAGGGGGGUUAGAAUCMUCUCCAAAGGGAAUAAGCUACAUUUGCAGCUCAAUCAGGAGACGGGGGAAUUGUUACUAAAUGAAAAACUGGACAGGGAGGAAUUGUGUGGGCACACAGAGCCCUGUGUGCUUCGUUUCCAGGUGAUGCUAGAGAGUCCUUUAGAAUUUUUUCAAGCUGAGCUACAAAUAAUAGACAUAAAUGACCACUCUCCGGAGUUCCUGGACAAAGAAAUGUUGCUGAAAGUAUCAGAGAGCAGUCCUUCUGGAACUACAUUUCCUCUGAAGAAUGCUCAAGACAUGGAUGUAGGCCAAAAUAAUAUUGAGAACUAUGUGAUCAGUCCCAAUCCCUAUUUUCGGGUCCUUACUCGAAAACGCAGCGAUGGCAGGAAAUAUCCAGAGCUGGUGCUGGAGAAAGAGCUGGAUCGAGAAGAGGAACCUGAGCUCAAGUUAACCCUCACAGCACAGGAUGGUGGCUCUCCACCACGGACUGGCACAGCUCAGAUCCACGUUGAAGUCGUGGAUGUCAAUGAUAAUGCCCCRGAAUUUCAGCAGCUCAUCUAUAGGGUGCAGAUUCCUGAAGACAGUCCGAUAGGUUUCCUGAUUGUCACGGUCUCUGCUAYGGAUGUAGACCUUGGAGUCAAUGGAGAGGUCUCUUAUUCACUGUUCCAGGCUUCAGAUGAGAUUAGCAAAACAUUUGCAAUUAAUCCCUUGACAGGAGAAAUUCGGCUGAAAGAACAACUUGAUUUUGAAAGAGUUGAGUCCUAUGAAGUCAAUAUAGAAGCGAGAGAUGCUGGAAGCUUUACUGGAAAAUGUGUGGUUCUGAUCCAAGUCACGGAUGUGAAUGACCAUGCCCCAGAAGUUACCAUGUCUGCAUUUACUAGUCCCAUAUCUGAGAACUCUCCGGAGAUGGUGGUUGCAGUUUUCAGUGUGUUAGAUCUUGAUUCAGGAGAAAAUGGGAAAAUAAGUUGUUCCAUUCAGGAGGAUCUACCCUUUUUCCUGAAAUCUUCAGUGGAAAACUUUUACACCCUAUUAACMGAGAGACCACUGGACAGAGAGAACACAGCUGAGUACAACAUCACCAUCACUGUCACGGAUUUGGGGACACCAAUAUUGAAAACAYACCUUAACAUAACAGUGCAGGUAUCAGACGUUAAUGAUAACUCGCCAAUCUUCAUGCAAGCCUCCUACAUCCUAUUGGUGCAAGAGAACAACAGCCCCGCCCUGCACAUAGGCAGUGUCAGCGCCACAGACAGAGACUCAGGCACCAAUGCCCAGAUCACCUACUCGCUGCUGCCAACCCAGGACUCACAACUGCACCUCGCCUCGCUGGUCUCCAUCAACGCAGACAAUGGGCAGCUGUUCGCGCUGAGGGCGCUGGACUUCGAGGCCCUGCAGGCAUUCGAGUUCCGCGUGGGCGCCACAGACCAAGUUAUUUUGCAACAGCCAGACUGCAGCAGUUAG